AUGGUGCCUCUGGCUUUCCUUGCCCGGCUCCUCCUUCUGCUGGCGAUUCUUGACAAAGGCGUCCUUGCGAGAAGAGGCGGAGGAGAUCAUGACAGCGACAGCGAUGAAGACAGCAGCAGCGAAGAUGGCAGUAGCAGCGGCGGAAGCGAUGGGAGCGGCGACAGCUCAAGUACAUCCAGUUGUGGAAAUCAAGUUCACAGCAAUGCUCUGAGCAACACAUACUUGGUUCCCAGCUACGCCGCAAACUGGACCUCACAGGGCGGUGCAAGAGCGGCCCCGAACCCAACGAUAUACGACGGUUCAUUCUUUCAGGGAGAAGCGCAUCUGUCCUAUAAUCUGAGGACUGGCUCCAGAUGUCAGCUUUCAAAAGAGCUGCGACUGCUCGGCUACGCGUGGAUCGGCCCACAACCACCUUACCCGAAGGGAGCAGAAAACCCGUUCCUAAUAGGAUUUAAGGCGUGGAAAUCAGAUAAAGCCGUGAGCGAGAUCCACUCGUCCUAUUCAGACAUCAAAUGGGAAGGAGACUCUUGUUCCUCGGAACCCGAUCUUUUCCGAAUCACCACUAGCACGAGUUCGAUCAAUCGGGACGGCACCUGGGAUAUUAUGACUCUGGAUGUCUCUCCAAGUUCAAAUACAUUGGAUGCAGUUCAUUUAAAUGCCACAACAGUUCAUGAGUUGGAGGUCAGCAAGUAUGACGGCUUGUUCCGUCUACGGGCUGAAAAGUGCCUUCUCGACGAUACCGAUAUGCAUUGGGCAGAUACGACUAUCAUGGAGGGGUCUGUAACAAAUACAACAAUGGAGCUGAAGUUCUCUGGCUUGGUUGACAUGAAUUCGACUUCCUAUGAUCUGUAUUUAGGAAGGGACAAAGACGUAAAGGCUAACUUCACAAUUACGUUCACUGGCCAAUUCGAUUCCGCGAAUUCUACCCACGCUCUGGAGAUUCAUAAAGGAAAUCAAACCCUUACCUGGGUACCGAACAACGCUGUGGGAGUUGCUUCGGGUCGAUGGGCAUAUAGGCUUGGGUUUUCUGUUGGGGUUCAAAUGAUAAUCUGGGGUUUGUGGUAA